CAGAAAGAACAGACAAAAUGCAGGCAGGGCACAGGACAAAGCACUAGGGACAAAAUGUAUGUGAAAUGAAAAUGACAGUUUUUAAAAUUUUUAAAUUUGCCGUCAGUUCCGGCCCCCGUACGUCCCGACGCUCACAGGGACCGGUACACGGAAGCCGGUUGCCAGCAUCGGCCAGAGGAGAUGGCCGGGGACGCUGCAGGGGACGCAUCGUGGGAGCGCAGGACAAAGUAAGCGCUGCAGGGAAUCUCUAAGCAGCGCCGCAUGGUAUUCCCGAGUGUAGCUCGGGGUUACCGCUUUUGGUACUGAAA